AUGCGUCGACUUCUCUAUGUGCAUGUAUUCCUAUGCUGCCUCAGUAUGGCUCAUCCUUUCUGUCCGUCCCAGUGCACCUGUGUCUUUCAUGGACGUACCGAUGGAACAGGAACCAGAUCUGUGCUCUGCAAUGACCCAGACAUGUCUGAUAUCCCUGUCAAUGUCCCAGUGGACACGGUAAAACUUCGGAUUGAGAAAACCGCUGUACGUCGAAUCCCAACAGAAGCUUUUUACUACCUGGUGGAGCUACGGUACCUGUGGAUUACUUACAAUUCCAUAGCCUCAGUGGAUACAGGGAGUUUCUACAACCUCAAAGUGCUCCACGAGCUGAGGCUGGAUGGAAACAUGAUCUCCAUGUUCCCUUGGGAGUCACUUAAAGAGAUGCCCAGGCUGAAGACACUGGAUCUACACAACAACAGACUCACUAAUGUUCCCACUGAGGCUAUCCCCUACCUCCUCAACAUUACGUACUUGGAUCUAUCGAGCAACAAAUUAACAACCCUACCCUCUGAUCUCAUGGAUAUCUGGCCCCCCUUCAAUGGUGCACCCAUCUCUACUAAUGCCUCCCAGAAAAUAGUGUUAGGCCUUCAAGAUAAUCCCUGGUUCUGUGACUGUAAAAUCUCUAAGCUGAUUGAGAUUUCUAAAAUGGUAGACACACCAGUGGUUUUGAUGGACCUAUUCCUGGCCUGCAGUGGACCAGAGAAUCUGGCUGGUGUCCUUUUUCAGCGUGCAGAACUUGACAAUUGUGUAAAACCAUCAGUCAUGACUUCUGCAACCAAGAUCACGUCUCCUUUGGGCAGUAAUGUUCUCCUGCGAUGUGAUGCGACAGGGUUUCCGACACCAGCUCUUUACUGGGCUAAGUCAGACGGGUCACCAGUCAACAACACAGUCCAGGAGUCACCUGGUGAGGGCAUCAGAUGGUCCAUCAUGAGCUUGCAUGGAAUAUUGUACAAAGAUGCCGGGAACUACAGUUGCAAAGCUAAGAAUGUCGCUGGCAAUGCAGAAGCCACCAUUUCUCUCUCGGUUGCUGGUACCAUCAGUACCACCAUCUCUCCAGUGAGGCCAAGCAUCAGAACUGGACCAACCAGCCAAGGCACAACAUUUACUACCCCGACAGAAAUUCCUGAACCACCCUCCAUAACGUCCACAGUUCUCCCAAGAACAUCAACAGUACCAGCUGCUCCUAAGAAGCCAAAAACUACCCCCAGCAACGGUUUACAGAAGGGAUCACUCAAACAAACAAAGACACAGCAAGGAGGCAAUGGGAGAAAGCUCGCAGCAGAUGAAAAGAGCAAGAAAAUUAAUGUAUCAAAGUCUGUCAAAGACCUCAAAAUUGUAGAGGAAACAUCUGACAGUGCAGUGUUGCUCUGGACAGCAGAUGGGUUACCAAGUGAUGCCCCACUCACAGUUGUAUAUUCACCGUAUGAUGAGGAUGACAUCAAAAGGACAGAGGAGACUAAUGCUGGCAGUGGAAAAAUGCUCCUAGAGGGACUGUCAUCUGGGAUGAGGUACUCAGUUUGCCUCAUAGCAAAAGGUAGUGAUGCUGGGAAAGAUCCUUGCAUUGACUUCUACACACUAGACAAUGUAGAGGAUGGUGGACAGAACCAGCUUUUCAUUAUCAUAAGCGGGAUUGCCUGUGCUUUGGUUUUGCCUCUUAUUGCUCUGUUGCUCUAUAAGAUUCUUGCUCUCUACUGCAAGGGAAGCAACACAGCUUUGGAUGAAGAGGAGCUAGAAAAAGAGAGCUAUGUCAAGUUUGAGACAAUUUCAAUGAAACAAAGAACUUUGAACUCUCGCCCAACUGAGCUUUGGGCAAGGAGACCGACCCAUGAGUCAGAGCGAAUGCUCCUUUGCUCCAGGUCGAGCAUAGACUCCCAGAUGACCUAUAAGAGCGACAGUUCCCGGUCUGAGUAUCUCUGCUGA